UGUCGUUUCUCCGCCCAGUGCUCUGCCUGCCGCUUCUAGCUGCCCUUGGUAUAAGCGCUGUUUGGUCAGGGCGUAGCGAAUGACCAUGGAAGAGGGAGACGGGCUGCGCCAGCGGAGGCCCAUCCGGCCUCAAAUCAUUACAGACGAGACAGUGGCGCAGGAAUCUCGGCGCCACGCCACGUACAGCGGGAAGGUUUUCCGUACCAUCUUCACGACACUAGUGCUUUCCAUUCUCAUUCCCACUGUUGCAGCCUUUUGGUUCCUAGAGAGCCCCAUAGAGCCACAAUACUUAAGUUUCCAUACACCUCCUGUUAUGACUGGUGUUCUGGAGCCCAAUUUAAAACUAAGGCAAGCCAAGCGUUUAUAUGAAGGGGAACUGGUGGGCCCAGAGUCUCUUGCAAAUAUUGGAGAUGUCCUGUUUACAGGCACAGCUGAUGGGCAAAUUCUGAAGAUAGAAGAUGGCAAAAUCCACACAAUAGCGAGACUUGGCAAACCUCCUUGUGGAUUCAGGGAGCAUGAACAUACCUGCGGGCGGCCCUUGGGUCUAAGAGUUGGCCCAAAUGGAACUCUGUACGUCUCUGAUGCUUAUCAAGGGAUUUUUGAAGUAAAUCCAGUGACAGGUGCUGUGGCAAUGCUUGUGUCGUCCAAGGUCCCAGUAGAGGGAAAAAUAAUGUCAUUUGUAAAUGAUCUCACUGUGACCAGCGAUGGAAGAAAGAUUUACUUUACGGAUUCCAGCAGUAAAUGGCAGCGGCGAGAUUAUCCUUACCUGAUUAUGGAGGGCACAGACGAUGGACGCUUACUGGAAUAUGAUACAGUCACAAAGGUGGUGAAGGUUUUGAUGGGUGGGCUGAGAUUCGCCAAUGGAGUUCAGCUUUCACCGGCAGAAGACUUUGUACUUGUAGCAGAAACUACUAUGGCACGAAUAAGGAGGUAUUAUGUGUCAGGCCUUACCAAAGGCGGUGCAGAUAUGUUUGUGGAAAACAUGCCCGGCUUCCCUGAUAACAUUCGCCUUAGUAGCUCGGGAGGAUACUGGGUUGCUAUGUCUGCUGUCAGACUUAAUCCUGGGUUUUCUAUGAUUGAUUUCUUGUCUGACAAACCAUGGAUUAGAAGAAAUGUUUUUAAGCUCUUCAGUCAUGAUACAGUGAUGCAGUUUGUCCCCAGAUACAGCCUGGUUGUAGAGAUUGGAGAGAAGGGGUCGUACAAGAGAAGUUUUCAUGAUCCUAAUGGAGAGGUGGCCACCUUCAUUAGCGAGGCCCAUGAACAUGAUGGAUAUUUGUAUAUGGGAUCCUUCCGUUCACCAUUUAUUUGCAGGCUUAACCUUAAAGAUGUAUGAGGUUACACAGGAAGCCUGCCCUGGCAUGUGAGGAAUCAAGCGAUGGGCCUCUGCCAGACCUGCUGAUCCAAGCUAAGCCUAUAAGAACACCAGCUGAUUCUGUAAUACACAGCAAGGCCUGUCGCUUUAAGGAAUAACUGUUCUACCUAAAUAAAUGACUUUUUCUCACUAGGAAACCAUGCAUAAUGGCUUAGCUUAAAAAUAAUCACAUUCAUUUUAUAGAUCCCUUCUAAAGAAGUAUGGCAUAGAUUAUCUACCAACUGGGUGCAAACUGAAAUAUUUCAUAAAUUUGUCACAUUUGGAACUCUCUUCUUUUGCUACACUCUGACAAGUCUAGUAAAAGCCUUGAAAUGCUCACAUUUAGGGCUGCAGUUAUCUAGGACUUAAAGAGCUGCCUAUCAUAUGGUGCUGUUUACUUAGUCACUGUAGUUCCUACAGAUGUGUUAUGAUCAAAUGACAUUGACAGCUCUGCUCGUCUCCCAGGAUUUCAGUAUCUGACUUUGAAUUAGUUUUCAUAUCUUAUUAUAUUGGCAAGCUGUGUGCUACCCGUUAUGACUCCUCUCCUUACACUUAUACAACCGUGCAUGUACACACUAAUGGGGAGGAGAGACUACUCUCAUGUACCACCCCCAAAGUAGCCAUGCAUUCAUUUACACGACUGUUAAUUGACUUACUGGUAUGUAUAAUACUGGUAUUAUCAGGAUUUAUUGGAACUGCAAUUUUGCAGAUAUUUCCAGACUAUGGAACACCAUGGCUAAAAUGUUCUCAUGGAGAAGAGCAAGCAAGACAGAAAUGAAGAAUUAUUUUAAACAGUUCUCUGUGUGAAAUGGGAAUAGAUAAUGGAUUCAUGAUAAUAGAUUCUAUACCCCUUUAUCUUUAGGUCUUCCAGCCACUCCUACUCACAAGGCAUUGGCAUAGCUGUGUAAACCGAGUUGUCAAGAUCUGUUUUUAUUUAGGCAAUUAUAUUUUCAUUUUAAAUUAUGUACCAUCCAGGCAAUUAAAAAGCCAGAAAGUGGUGCUUUUGUUGGACCAGUCUCCAGACCAUUAUCUGUUGAAACAUUUACUUACGUGUAGAUAAAACAAACUGAAGUUACAGUUGAGGCGGCAGAAAGGGAAGCCGGAAGCUUGUUGCACUCAGGAUACAAGGAGCAAGCCACUCAGAGCCACUGCCAGCACUCUGGUAAAAUACAGCAGCCUAGUGAGCAGAUUGUAGGUGAUCUUUAGAUGCUGAGUGAGUGAAGAAAUAUGUUUUGCUGAUAAUGUGGAUCGUAUUGCAGUUAUUCUGUACUAAUGAGUCAUGAAAAUUCCAAUUUUAACACAGCGGUAAGUAAAUCUGAAAAGCUAAUAGCCACUAGUAACCAGCACAGUGGCCGUUUGGUUUGUCUUGCUGGAUACGCUUACCACAUGCACAAUAUCAUAUGAUUACUUGAAUCUGGUUCACUUUGUUCAAUGAGAGAACCUAUGGCAACGACACAUAAGUACCAGCCUUAGACUAUGUUCCUAGUUUCUCUUUGCUCAAUGCCGUGCUGUUCACUGUAGGUAGAUGAAACUGAGCCAGCACAGGAAAUUAAAGGGGGCAAUGUAACAGCACAAUAUUACUCUAUACAAUAACCUCAUUGAAUGUUCUUUUCUCUGAAAGUAAUAUGUAACAUUCUUCUAGAACUUUAGAUAAAGCACAAAGCAUUAACAAAAAUGUCCCUUUUCAACUACCUUUAUAAUUUAAUGAAGGCUUUAAUGAAGGUGUUUCCAACUGCAGUAAAAUAAAUGUAAACAACUGAACCUUUUGGAUAUGAAAGUAAAAAAGGCCACAAACUUUAAAGGGGUGGUUCACUUUUAUGUAAACCUUUAGUAUGCUGUAGAAUGGCCAGUUCUUAGCAACUUUUUAUUUGGUCUUCAUUUUUUUUUUUUUUAAUUAUUUAUCUUCUUUUGACUCCAGCAUUCAAAUGGGGCAGCCAAAAAUGAAUGCUCUGUAAGGAUGCAAUUUUGUUAUCAUUGCUACUUUUUAUUACUUAUCUUUUCUGUUCAGUCCUUCUCCUAUUCAUAUUUUAACCUCUCAUUGAAAUCGCUGCCUGGUUGCUAGGGUAAUUUAAACCCCAGCAACCAUAUAAAUGCUAAAAUUACAAACUAAGGAGCUGCUAAAUAAUUUGAAAAUGACAGAAAAUAAUAAGUGAAGACCAACUGCAAAUUGUCUCAGAAUACCAAUCUCUACAUCUACAUCUAAUCCUAACGUUAAGGUGAACAGCCCUUUUAUUAGGGACUUUUCUGAUGAGAUUAUUUCUAACACAAAGGGGCAUAUUAAUCAGAAUGAAAAUAGAGCUUGCCAGAGUAAAAUUCCAUUGAUUUUUAGACAUAUUUAUAAAAUAGUAAACUCUUACUUUCACUGUUUGAUAAAUAUUUUCCUAAAAAUCUCAUAUAAGUAAAUAAAGAGUUGCUGAAUUUCCCUGGAGGACUGUGAAAAGUUUUGUUUUACUUUAUUCCAAUGACCGUAUCCUUACAUAUAGAUAAAAAGACCUCUCACUGCCAAAUUGCUAUGAGGCGGUCUCCAGCCAGUAUCUUCCAAUAAGAUUAUGCUCAGCUCGCCACCCAUUGGAUAUUGCUCCAUCCAGACUCAAUACAGAUGCUCAGGUUGGUUGUUUGAGAGAUUCAGGUAAUGCAUUAGUUGUUGCAGGCACAGUCUAUUAUAACUGCACAGCCAAUCACAAACUUCCUUCGGUUGGGAUUCUUGUGAUGCUCUUUACAGCCCUUCAACCUUUGAAUAUAAUUGGUGCAGAAGUUUGAAAUUUGACCUGCAUAGGGCAGUUGAAGAAUUUUGAAGAUGCAUUACAUUCAUCCCUCACCUUGGAAGAUUCAACCACUGAACAGCAGCUAUAGUAACCUCCAUCAUGAAACCUUGGUCAGUUUCUAACCUAGUUAUGCCUUUUUGUGUGGUCCUAAAUACCUGCAUUGCACUCUUUAUUGGUUUGACUAAUCUUACUAGUUAGCUGGUAAGACAUACGGAGAGUCUAUUUUGGAGUAGAGUAAAUCCAUGAACAAACACUGGAAGCUACAUUAAAUCGAUGCUGACGCAAAUAAAGCAUAUUUCUGUAUAAUGCAAAAAUGCCAUGGCCAAGAACUGAUGGUAUCUGGGGGAUGGCACAUAUUCUUUCUUAACCCUUUGGGACUAGAUGAGCCUGAAAAUAAAACCCAGCUGCUGACAAAGCACUAGAGGUUUGGUUGCUUCUCUGUAUGGGGGGCGUACAGCCACCCACCUUGCUCUGUAAACAGUCAAGUCUGUAUGUUUGGGCUCCUUUAGUUCUCAAAUACAAUAUUUUGAAAAAAAAAAAUCAAAUGCCACUGGCACAGCUAGACUAUACAGAAACGCAAUGUUUUCUUGUUAGUGUCACUUUAAUAAUAUUGUGAUAUAGUAUGCACUUGUUUUACAUUGAUCAAAAUGGUGAAUGGAAUAUUCAGUGUGAAAUGUUAACCUUAAUAAGGCUCAUUGUUAUAUAAUGUUAAUGUUUUUUUUUAAUGAAUAAAUUGAAUGUUGUUUCAUCAUA